CUCUCUGUGCGAAAACAAUGAUGCUGAAAAGUUUUGUUUUUAUUUGUAUUUCGCACUUUCAGCAUAUUUUUUCCAAACAAUUUUGCCCUCAGUGCAGUAAAAUUACCCACAUUUAUUUACGAAAAGUGUUUUCAUUCAUCAAUGAUUUAGCAGUGCAAUCCCGUGCCAUCGAGGAGGUCAAUGGAUCCCAACGUCGUUCUCAGGAAAUUUGUUGAGCUGUGCAAUAAUCGGCAGAGUGAUCAAAUUUCUCUAUUUUUUGCAUCGAAUGGCGUUGUCGACUGGUAUGGGAGGACACUCAAGGGACCAAGGAAGAUUGCCGACUUUUUUCGCUAUAACGAUCAAUACAUUCAUAAUUUCACAGAUGGAAAACAGUGUUCGCCAUUUGAGUGCAGAGAAACUCACAAUUCAACGAAACAAAUCCCACCGGAAAAUCUGACAGAGCAAAAUGAUGACCGGAGCUCGAGAGUGAACUCUGUUGAGGAAUCGAAUGACAAUGUGCCAUCAACAAGUGGCUUUCAGACGCCUCCGCAACAGAGUUCCCAAGAGCCAGUACUGCCCGCAUUGACGCAGGGUAGGCUGUUCCGGAAGAUGAGUAGCAGUGAUGAUGAGGAGGAUGAUGGGUUGUGCUCUGUGCGGAAGGAGGCACUGGAGCAGAAGGUGGGGGGCGAGGGGGAGGUGGAGCCAAAAGGGAAACUAGAGGAGAGUCUUUCGUUGAGUCGAAAGAGGUGCUCCAGUGAGGAGCCUGAUGCUGGGUUUCCCAAGAAGCGCUUCAAAGACGCUGACUGUGAUAGUGGUGUCGUAGAGGGCGGAGACUGUGGACAAUUAACUGAUCUCUACACAGAACUGAAGUACAUUGAGGCCUUUGGGUGUCUCGAGAUGGUUCCAAGGACCAAACACCGUGGUGUUCAUACGGCUCCAUCCACGAGCUACAGCGAUUCAAAUGCCCUAACCUCACAUUUUGAGGAUCGGUGCAGUGGUGAAAGUGGAUCGAGUCACUGGACCAGGGAGACUAAACUCAAUAUCUCCUACAGAUUACAUCGCAAUCAGAGUGAUAUCCAAUUUGCUCUUGUUGUCUAUGACAAUCUGACCAAGAGACCAACAACACGUCGUAAUCUAAUCAAUGAGUUUGGCAGUCUCGAAUUCGAAAGGACACCAAAAAUAUCGCCACCGAGAAAGAAGAAUCAGGAUAAGACAAAAAAAUCGGUAACUGCCAAGAAACCACUGAGAUUUUGAUGAAAAAAAACAAAUGCCAUUUGAUACGAAGCAUCCCCCCAAGAACUAAUUAUCCCAACUAAACCCCUUAAAAUUACACGGUAAGAGAUUUUUUGUUUAUUUUUUUCAUCCCUCUAUUUUUCUCUAAUUUAAGCAAUAUUUUCAUAUCACACUUUGUUAUGAAAGAGAGACAGCGUUAAAAAAAGCAAAAGUAUAAGAAAAAAUUUUUGUGCAAAUAAAUCACAGUAAAAAAAUAAUUUGUUUUUUGAGCAAACUGUAUUUUCCAGUAAUAUUUAUUACUAAGCAACAAAGUAAUGUUUAAUAAAAAUAUGAAAAUUGUACAAAA